CGGUGCCCUGCGCCCCAGGUACAAAAGGCUGGUGGACAACAUCUUCCCUGAGGAUCCCGAGGAUGGCCUGGUGAAGACCAACAUGGAGAAGCUGACCUUCUACGCCCUGUCAGCUCCAGAAAAGCUCGAUCGCAUUGGCGCCUACCUCUCUGAGAGGCUUAUCCGUGACGUGGGUCGUCAUCGAUAUGGGUACGUGUGCAUCGCCAUGGAGGCGCUGGACCAGCUGCUCAUGGCCUGUCACUGCCAGAGCAUCAACCUCUUCGUGGAGAGUUUCCUCAAGAUGGUGGCCAAGCUGCUUGAGUCUGAGAAGCCCAACCUGCAGAUCCUUGGCACCAACUCGUUUGUGAAGUUUGCCAACAUAGAGGAGGACACCCCAUCCUACCAUCGGAGCUACGAUUUCUUCGUGUCUCGCUUCAGUGAAAUGUGCCACUCCGGCCAUGAAGACUUGGAGAUCAAGACUAAAAUCCGAAUGUCAGGUAUCAAAGGUCUGCAAGGGGUGGUGAGGAAGACCGUGAAUGAUGAACUGCAGGCCAAUAUCUGGGACCCACAGCACAUGGACAAGAUUGUCCCAUCCCUGCUUUUCAAUCUGCAACACGUGGAGGAGGCAGAGAGCCGGUCCCCCUCCCCCCUCCAAGCACCAGAGAAGGAGAAAGAGAACCCUGCAGAGCUGGCUGAGAGGUGCCUUCGGGAACUGCUGGGCCGGGCUGCCUUUGGCAACAUCAAAAACGCCAUCAAGCCUGUUCUCGUCCAUCUGGAUAACCAUUCUCUUUGGGAACCCAAGGUGUUCGCCAUCCGUUGCUUUAAAAUCAUCAUGUACUCAAUUCAGCCGCAGCACUCCCACCUGGUUAUCCAGCAGCUCCUGAGCCACCUGGAUGCCAACAGCCGCAGCGCGGCCACGGUGCGGGCGGGCAUCGUGGAGGUCCUGUCGGAAGCUGCUGUCAUCGCCGCCACGGGCUCUGUGGGGCCCACGGUGCUGGAGAUGUUCAACACUCUGCUGAGGCAGCUGCGGCUCAGCAUCGACUAUGCUUUGACCGGGAGCUACGAUGGGGCCAUCAGCCUUGGCACCAAGAUCAUCAAGGAGCACGAAGAGCGCAUGUUCCAGGAGGCGGUCAUCAAGACCAUAGGCUCCUUUGCCAGCACGUUGCCUACUUACCAGCGCUCCGAGGUGAUCCUCUUCAUCAUGAGCAAGGUUCCACUGCCUUCCCUGCAUCACCCCAUGGAGAUGGGGAGGACCGGGGAGAACAGGAACCGGCUGACCCAGAUUAUGCUGCUGAAAUCCCUCCUACAGGUAUCCACCGGCUUCCAGUGCAACAACAUGAUGUCAGCUCUGCCCAGCAACUUCCUUGACCGCCUUCUCUCCACCUCCCUCAUGGAGGAUGCAGAGAUCCGUCUCUUCGUUCUAGAGAUUCUCAUCAGUUUCAUUGAUCGUCAUGGCAACCGUCACAAGUUCUCCACCAUCAGUACCCUCAGUGACAUCUCUGUCCUGAAGCUGAAAGUGGACAAGUGCUCCCGGCAGGACACCAUCUUCAUGAAGAAGCACUCCCAGCAGCUCUACAGACACAUCUACCUGAGCUGUAAGGAGGAAACGAACAUACAGAAGCACUACGAGGCGCUCUACGGCCUGCUGGCGCUUAUCAGCAUUGAGCUGGCCAACGAGGAGGUGGUGGUGGACCUCAUCCGCCUGGUGCUGGCUGUCCAGGACGUGGCCCAGGUCAAUGAAGAGAACUUGCCUGUUUACAACCGCUGUGCCCUCUACGCACUGGGUGCCUCCUACCUGAACCUCAUCAGCCAACUCACGACAGUGCCUGCCUUCUGCCAGCACAUCCGUGAGGUGAUAGAGAGCAGGAAGAAAGAGGCUCCAUACAUGCUCCCUGAGGACGUGUUUGUGGAGAGACCCAGGCUGUCUCAAAACCUUGAUGGAGUGGUGAUUGAGUUUCUCUUCCGCCAGAGCAAGAUCAGUGAAGUCCUGGGGGGCAGUGGUUACAAUGCAGACAGGCUCUGCCUGCCCUACAUCCCUCAGCUGACAGAUGAGGAUCGCUUAUCCAAGAGGAAGAGCAUUGGAGAAACCAUUUCCCUGCAGGUGGAGGUAGAAUCGAGGAACAGCCCAGAGAAGGAGGAGGUGAGUCGCGUGCCUGCCGAGGAGAUCACCUAUGAGACGCUGAAGAAGGCCAUUGGUAACGUGGCCGUCGAGGAGCAGGAGCGUGAACGGCGGCGACAGGUGGUGGAGAAGUUCCAGAAGGCGCCCUUCGAGGAGAUUGCAGCGCAUUGCGGGGCCCGGGCAUCACUGCUGCAGAGCAAACUCAAUCAGAUCUUUGAAAUCACCAUCCGGCCCCCCCCAAGCCCAUCAGGAACCAUCACCGCAGCCUAUGGCCAGCCUCAGAGCCACUCCAUCCCCGUCUAUGAGAUGAAGUUUCCCGAUCUGUGCGUAUACUGAAUUCCAAGACACAGCUUCUCGGAGGGGUGGGGCCUGAGGGAGGGGCUCUCCUUCACGCCCACCCCGACGCCAUGGAGAUCUAACUGGGAUCUCAGAGAAAAAGCACCUUGGACAGCUAAGCAAAGUGGAGCCCUGGGCCCCCCUGGCCCCCUCUCGGCCUCCCUGCUUCCUCUUUGUCUUCCCUGAGGGAGAUCUGGCCACAUGCCCCUCUGGGGCCAAUAAGCAUCCUACCUGUGCCCUUUGUCUCCUCCUCGGUGUCAUCCUGGGGUCAAGAGUCACUGGGGGUCUCCAGAGAGAGGCUGAGGUCCCAGGAAACUCCUGCUUAGUGUAGUAAGUGAAGGGCUUUCACGGGGGUCGGUGCACAGCUGCCAUUCCCCCAGGAGGGAACUAGAGAGAGACACAGUUGGUCAAAGGAAGC